GGCUCUGAGACGGCGAUGGCGGCGGCGGCGGCGAUGCCGGUUCCCCGCGCGGAGCUGAAGCUGGUGCGGCUGCUGAGCCGCUGCGAGGCGCUGGCGGCCGACCGGCGCGGGCCGGACGAGUGGCGCCUGGAGAAGUACGUCUCUGCCCUGGAAGAGAUGCUCCUUGACCUCAAGAAACACUCCAGCAAACCUGCUCCCGAGGUGCUGAACGAAUAUUCCCGCAAGGUGGAUUUCCUGAAGGGGCUGCUGGAAGCAGACAAGCUGUCGUCGUCUUCCGAAAAGGCCCUGGCCAACCAGUUCCUGGCCCCCGGGAGGACCCCAACCACCACCAAGGAGAGGACGCCAGCCACCAAGACGGUGCAUCUGCAGACCAAGGCCCGCUACACGGGAGAGAUGAGGAAUGAGCUUCUUGGUACAGACCCCUCGCGCCUCCCUGAUCUGGAGGAGACGAGCCUGAGAAAACGCACGGGCCCCCUCCCAGACGAGAAGCAGUCGGCCGCCGAGCUGGACGCCGUCCUCCAGCACCACCACAGCAUCCAGGAGAAGCUGGCCGAGGAGAUGCUCCACCUGGCGCGCAACCUCAAGAACAACACUCUGGUGGCGCAGAACGUGAUCAAGCAAGACAACCAGACUCUGUCCCACUCGCUCAAGCUGGCCGACCACAACUUUGAGAAGCUGAAGGACGAGUCGGACCGCCUGGAGCAGCACGCCAAGAAGUCCGUCAACUGGUUCCUCUGGCUGAUGCUCAUCGUCGUCUGCUUCAUCUUCAUCAGCAUGAUCCUCUUCAUCCGCAUCUUCCCCAAGCUCAGGUGAUUCCUCAGGCCGCAGGCGGCUACCUGGCGACUCCUCGGUUUGCCUCACGCCGUUGCCCACAAAGUCCAAGGCCUCCUGGUGCUUCUCUGAUGGAGUCUCUGAAGACACUCGCUGGAAGGGAGCUCCUGGCGCUUCCCUGACUGAGUCUCUGAAGACACUCGCUGGAAGGGAGCUCCUGGCGCUUCCCUGAUGGAGUCUCUGAAGACACUUGCUGGAAAGGAGCUCCUGGCGCUUCCCUGACUGAGUCUCUGAAGACACUCGCUGGAAGGGAGCUCCUGGCGCUUCCCUGACUGAGUCUCUGAAGACACUUGCUGGAAGGGAGCUCCUGGCGCUUCCUGACUGAGUCUCUGAAGACACUUGCUGGAAGGGAGCUCCUGGCGCUUCUCUGACGGAGUCUCUGAAGACACUCGCUGGAAGGGAGCUCCUGGCGCUUCUCUGACGGAGUCUCUGAAGACACGCAGAGGCGGAGUUGCCAGACCAGGCCCAGUCUCUGUUGCAUGCGGGGGGCAGUGGGGAAUCCGACAGGAACAUUUCUUCUUCCUCCUGACUGCUACCUUUCCACCUGCAGGGAGCCGAGUCCCUGUUUGGAUGAGGGUGACCAUUCUGUCAUCGUGUAAAGCCCCCUGUAUCCCCCCCAAAAAAAGUGCACCUUCACAGCUCAGCUACCAUUUGGGGACGGCCUGGAAGGAGGAAUACGAGGCCGUUGGGGUUUCGUUUACCUCUAACGAGGUUCUGCCGCCUGUAGAGGAAAACCAGGACUCUGGGGCUGGGGGAUUCUUGGCCGACGAGUUGGGGCAGGUUGGUGGGCGGGGGGGGGGGGGGAGAGAAAUCACCUAUCCUGUUCUUCUCCCCCCAAAGCCCCAGGUCCUAAACAUUCAGGUGUAAGGACUCCGCCAGCUUUCGCUCUGCUUUCCCAGCCCAAAAGGAAAAGACAACUUUGGGGGGGGGGUUGGCCACAGUUCUUACGUCUGGGGUUAGACUGCAUGUGCCACAGCGACAGCAGGGGGAACGAAGGGAAGAGGGCUGCCGGAGGCACCUCCCCAUUUCAAGAGCAAAGGCGCCCCCACCUCGCAGCGGCGGUGAAUCACCUGCAGAAAGAGGCGCCAGUGGGGGCCUCGCCCCACCGCUUGCCAAGCGCACACCUUCAGCUUGGCACGUGGGCCAGGAGAGGUGCAGUCCCCCGAGGGGGAGAGGCCCUGCCUUGGCCGCCCAAACGUCGGGGCUCUGCGUCGCCCCCACUUCCCUGCGCUGGAGCGAUGAGCCUCUGCUUGCCCUGCCAGCGAGGGAGCCGAGUGAUGCAUCGCCAGCCAGCCUGCCUGCCGCCACUCGCGCAUUAAAAGCAAAAUUCGACUCGCUA